AUGAUAGUCUAUAUGAUAUUAUUUAUUUUUCUUACUUAUUUUAUACAAAAUGGAUAUACUAAUGAACCUACUAUUGUUCAUACAAAAUAUGGUGAUAUACUUGGUUAUCAAACAGAUUUAGCUCGUAUUUUCUAUGGUAUUCCAUUUGCUCAAGCACCUAUUAAUGAAUUAAGAUGGAAUCCACCAGUACCUAUUGCAAAAUGGUUUCCAAAAGUAAUUAAUGCUACUUCACGAGCACCUGCUUGUCCUCAACCACCAUGCAAUCCAGCAUCUCCUUUAUGUCCUCCACAUUUUUCUGAAGAUUGUCUUUAUUUGAAUAUUUUUACUCCAUUAACAACACAAUCUACUUCUUUACCUGUUAUGAUUUUCGUUCCAGGUGGUGAAUUUCAACAUUUUGAUGCUUCUCUUCCAAUCUAUAAUGCUCAACGUUUAGUCAAUACAACAAAUAUUAUUAUUGCAUUCGUUCAAUAUCGACUUGGUGUUCUUGGAUUUUUUGCAACUGGAACUGGUCCAAAUGAUAUCAAAGGUAAUUAUGGUAUACUUGAUCAACGUUUAGCUAUUGCAUGGAUCAAAUCAAAUAUUAAUGCAUUUGGAGGUGAUCCAAAUGAAAUUACAUUAUUUGGUCAAAGUGCUGGUGCACAAUCUGUUGCAUUACAUUAUAUGGCACAUGAUAUGCAAUCAUUUUUUCAACAAGUCAUUAUUCAAAGUGCACCUAUGGCAAUACCAUUUAGAACUUAUACAGAAUAUAUAACACCUGGUGUUCUUCUAGCUGAACAACUUCAUUGUUCUUUUAAAGAUAUAACUUGUUUUCGUACAGCAACUGUUGAUAAUAUUAUUGCUGCUCAAGAAAUAGUAAAUGGAAAGAUUACUUCAUUAGAAGUAUUAUUAUUCUUUGAACCAUGGGUACCUGUAAUUGAUAAUAUUAUUGUUCAUGGUCAACUCUAUGAAACUAUUCAAAAUUUAUCAUUUCCUAUAAAACCUCUUAUUACAGGUACAGUCACCGAUGAAGGUUUAAUCUUUAUUUAUAACAAAUGGAAUAAUCCUGUUUUACCAAAGCUUUAUAUUGAAAUUACUUUUGGAUUUUUUCGAAGUAAAGCUUUAAAAGUUCUUGAACGUUAUCCACCUAUUGGUACAGGAGAUCAAAGACUACUUUUAUCUCAAAUUGCUACACAAUGGGUUUUUGCUUGUCCAACACGUAUAUUUACUCGUAAAGCUGCUUUAUAUUCUUAUGUAUUUGGUUAUCCUUUAAAUUCUAAUAUGAAACAAAAUAAAGAAAUUUGUAGUGGACAUGUAUGUCAUGGUGAUGAAUUACCAUAUUUAUUUGAAUCAAAUUGGAUAAAUAUUACUGAUGUUGGUCGACGUAUAUCUCAAAGUAUAGCAAGUUAUUGGACAAAUUUUGCAAAAACUCAAAAUCCAAAUAAACCUUUAAAUGUACCAAUAUCAUGGCCAAUAGGAAAUAGUACUAAUGAAAAAUAUAUGUAUUUUCAAGAUCCAUUACAAAUCAAAGAAAAUUAUUUGAAAGAUGAUUGUGAUUUUUGGGAUCAAAUUGGUUAUCGAAAAGACUUUUAUAAUGAAUGA